UCAACCAUUAGCAUAUCUAAUGGUCGAUAUUCUUCUAUAAAUUACAAACAUUUCUUUUGUUAAACUUCAACCCUCUUCUAAAGGAGCGAUCGCUCUUUUGUACAAAACAAACCUCUUCUAUCUCACACUCACUCAUAACAAAGCAAUUAUGAAACCUUCUCUCUUUCGAACCGGUUCAGUCCCGGUUCUCCCAGGUUCACCUCGAACCUCUCUCUCACGCCAAGUUUCUUUUUCCGGCGACAAAAACCACCACGUUCAAUCUCCAAGGCUUUCACUGCAUUUCCACUCCACCGACCAGCAUUCAAACGGGAUCAGCAGAGAGUUAUCGGAAAGCGCUGCAAUACGAUCACCAAACGAGAAUUUCGGAUUUUCUAGGAACCUGAAUCGAUCCGGAUCACAGUAUUUUCCUUUGGAGGAGGCCGGACUCGGCGGCGGCGGAUGCGAUCACGGUGAUGUGAUAGUCGCCAGCGGCGGAAACGGCGGUGAAAGGAUUAAAAUCGGCGCGUACUAUGAGGAAAUGUUGAAGUCAAAUCCAACGGACGCGCUUUUGCUUAGAAACUACGGCAAAUUUCUUCACGAGGUAGAAAAAAAUUUGGUGAGAGCAGAGGAAUAUUACGGAAGAGCAAUUCUAGCGAAUCCUGAAGAUGGCGAGUUGCUUUCUCUGUACGGAAAGUUGAUAUGGGAAAUGAAUAGAGAUGAAGAAAGAGCUCAAUCUUACUUCGAUCAAGCCAUUCAUGCUGCUCCUGAUGAUAGUACCGUGUUAGGAUCCUAUGCACACUUCAUGUGGGAAGCGGAGGAGGUGGUGGCUAACGGUGGAGAAAUGAAGGGGAAAGAGGAAGAAUCGGCGGCCGAGCUUACAGCUCCAUUUUAAUAGUUAUUUAGUGCAUGUUUGGAUAAAUGGUGAGUUUGAAGAAAUAAUGUGACAUAACUUGAUAGCCAUACUCACAUUUAGUCCGAAUGUGUAAUUUAUAUAGUUCUAACUGGCGUCAAUGCGAAAGGUUAUGCAACAAUAAUGGUCUUAUUCUCUUUUGUUGGAUGCAUCUCUAUCUUCAACAAUAAUGGCUGUAACAUGUAAUGUAAUGUAACUUCUUUUUCUUGAACACAUGCAAUGUAACUAUGUACAUGUACAUUAACUCUGGAAAAUAUAUGAGUAUCUUAAAAUA